AUGAGGAGCAUGGAGGGAGCAUGGAGGGACUUGGCACAUGGAAGCAGCUCAACUGGACACGCAAAGGAAGAAGGGAGAAGCCAUCUUGAAGACCAGCUCGACCGUCCACUCGACCAACCGGUCGAGUUCCUCAACUCGACCGGCCAAGCUUCAACUCGAUCGAGCUGGGGAGUCAAAGUCAAACCCGAAAAAUGUGUAUGCGAACUCGAUCGAGUCGGUCUAACUGAAGACUUGGUCGAGCUAGACUUACAACGGGUAGAAAGAGGUUCAGAGGUCACAGAGGGUACAAGAGGAACCUGA